ACGUCAGUCGUCAGCUGUUUUUGUUUUGCUUCCCUUUUUCGCCUGACGGCGGUGUACCUUCUCGACGAAACGGCUGGACUGCAGUGUGAAUAAGAUCCUUUUUCCAAGGAGUAAAACCUCCGCCAAGGCUUUUACAACUCACUCGCACGUCGAGUGCUCCACUUUUCUGACAAAUUGGCGUCGUCUUCCGCCGACAUCGAGCGAAGAGGUUCAGCCGAUCCCAGGCCUCCAGUCCACGGCGGAGGGAGGGAAGGAGGUCGCUGGGAAUCGGAAUGGAGGCAGGAGAGGGUGCCGGCGGGCCUGCUGGACCGGGAGGACCGGGAAGACCGGGAGUCCGGUUUGGAUGCGCCUCCUUCAACCAAGACUCCACGUCACUGGCUUUGGGAACCAAGACUGGGUAUAAGCUGUUUUCUCUGACCAUGGUGGAUAAGCUGGACUGCAUUCAUGAGAGUGCAGAGAUUUGUGAUGUCUACAUCGUGGAGCGUCUCUUCUCCAGCAGUCUGGUGGUUGUGGUGAGCACCAGCGUACCACAGAGUAUGAACAUCUACCACUUUAAGAAGGGCACAGAGAUCUGCAACUACAGCUACCCUAACAACAUCCUGGCUGUCAAGCUCAACAGACAUAGGCUUGUUGUGUGCCUUGAGGAGUCCAUUUAUAUCCACAACAUCAAAGAUAUGAAGCUGCUGAAGACUCUUCUCAACAUUCCAUCCAACCCUUCAGGCCUGUGUGCUUUGUCUACCAACCAUUCCAACUCCUACUUGGCCUACCCCGGCAGCGCCACCGUGGGAGAGAUUGUCCUUUAUGAUGCCAACAAUAUGAGCACAGUGACAAUGAUUCCGGCCCAUGACAGUCCUCUGGCAGCUCUUUGCUUCAAUGCUUCAGCCACCAAACUUGCCAGCGCCUCUGAGCGGGGUACUGUAAUACGAGUGUUUUCCAUCCCUGAAGGCCUACGUCUCUUUGAGUUCCGGCGUGGCAUGAAGAGGUAUGUGAACAUCAGCUCUUUGUCCUUCAGCCCUGAUGGACACUUCCUUAGUGCUUCCAGCAACACAGAAACGGUGCAUAUCUUUAAACUGGAAGAGAUGGGACCAAGUGGCGAUGCCAGCUGGUCAGCCUACGUGGGGAAGAUGUUCACAGCAGCCAGCAGUUACCUUCCUGCUCAGGUAUCCGGUAUGAUGAUCCAGGACCGCGCCUUUGCCACAGUUCACCUCAUCACCUCCAGCCAGAGGAACGUUUGUGCCCUGACCGUCAUCCAGAAGCUUCCGCGUUUGCUGGUGGCCACAGCUGAUGGACAGCUCUUCAUCUACAAUGUGGACCCACAGGACGGAGGCGAAUGUGUGCUGGCGUACAAACACAGGCUGUUUGGUGCUGAUGAAGACCAGGAUGAAGCUGAUAAAGAAAUAGAUGCAGAGAGCACAAUGCAGGCGUGUCCAUCCUAUGCUGCAACUGCUGCCUUACCGGCUGCUGGUCCCGUCGCUCCAACACUGACUGGCUACUCUGAAGAUGGAGGAGCAAAGAACGGAGAUGUGAUCCCAGAACACGAGCUUGCUGAUGGACCUGUACGUCUGGACGAUGAGAACGAGUUUCCUCCUAUUAACGGGUGCCGUGACGGAAGUGGAGUCGGCCAGGGGAGGCGCUCCUGAGCGGGGAAAGGGACGCGUAGAGAGCCCAGCCAGCAGACUUAGGGAAUCACAAUCAUGAAGAAGUACAUUUGAAAUGGUACUUUCCUAACUGUGGUACUCUGGUCGUUGUGUUCCAGAAUAAUACGUUAGAGAACCGUUAAGAGAACAUUUCAGAAUUUCUUGGCAACUUGAAAGGAAAUCAGAGUUUCUGUUUCAGAAGUAUUUCAUGAAUAUUUGAGGUGCAUGCCAGUACAGCAAUAGAACCAUAAUGUUCUCUUUUACGUGACAGAUAUUGUAUUUAUGUGCAUUAUUGUAGCAAAAUAUGAUUAUUAUUCAAAUUAUUAUUCAUGAUAACAGGUUUAUGUUGAAUUUCUACAGGUUUUAUGUACUGUAUUGUUUGUAACUAUUAUCAUUUGUAUAACAAAGUUUGCACACGACCAAAACUAAUGAAAGAAAAGAGGAAAUAAACAAAGACAGUGGCAUUUCAUCCAAGAAUACUUUUGUGUUUCCCAGCUUGUAGAAGAUUUGAAGCAUUGUUGUGUUGCAUAAGAGCGUUUAGCAACCAAAGUCCAACAUGCUAAAGCCAUUUCCGUCAUUUCAUAUUCAAUCUUUGCUGAAAAAUCUCCUUCAUCGGCUUUGAUCCCAAAUUUCAUUAUUUUCAAAUAUUUCAA